CAACCUGCAAGCUACACCAGCGCCUAACAACCAAAUCCGACUCCACAGCUGAGAGCAAAACCGUGCGCGGAGAGAAAAUGGCGGAGACGGUGCUGAGCAUGGCGAGGUCCAUGCUAGAAGGCGCCAUCAGCACGGCCGCCUCUGCCGCCGCUGACGAGAUGAGCCUCCUCAUGGGUGUGAGGAAGGAUAUCUGACUUCGCACAGCGCCUCUUACAUAUAUCGGGAAAAUGACACCCAACGUUCUUUUUCUCUUAUAUUGGAUCAAUGAUGGCUGGAUACAUUAAUGCCUGAGACAGAAACAAAAUGUUUUACUCAACUAAAACAUAAGAAUGGCACCGGGUAUUCAUGGUUCAUCAAAGAUGAGCUAGAGACGAUGCAGGCAUUCCUGGUGGCCGCUGAAGGAAUGAAGGAGAAAGACAUGCUACUAAAGGUGUGGGCGAAUCAAAUAAGGGACCUCUCCUACAAUAUUGAAGAUUGCCUUGCUGAAUUCAUGGUGCAUGUGGCAAGUCAAAGCUUGUCGCGGAAGCUGAUGAAGCUCAAAGACCGCCACCGGAUAGCCACCCAGAUCCGUGACCUCAAAUCAAGAGUUGAAGAAGUGAGCAGCAGGAACACACGCUACAAUCUGAUUGAGAAGAACCAAAUCACUAGAGCCAUUGAUGAGAGGGACUCUUGCAUGGAAGAUAUUCGCAACCAGUCAGCGAGCAACAUCGAUGAAGCCGAACUUGUGGGGUUCUCCAAUCCCAAACAAGAGUUAAUAAGGCUUGUAGAUGUGAAUGCCAACAAUGGCCCUGCUCGGGUAAUAUGUGUGGUUGGCAUGGGUGGUCUGGGUAAGACUACUAUUGCAAGGAAGGUUUAUGAAAGUAUGAAAAACUUUUCAUGUUAUGCUUGGAUCACUGUCUCGCAGUCAUUUGUUAGGAUGGAGCUUCUCAAAGUUAUGAUCAAAGAACUCUUCGGUGAUGAAGCACUCAAGAAGCAACUUGACGGCAAGGUGGUGCGAGAAGAGUAUCUCGCGAGCUACCUCAGAAAAGAGCUACUUGAGAAGAGGUACUUUGUUGUUCUUGAUGACUUAUGGAACAUAGAUGAUUGGAAGUGGAUCCAAACUAUUGCUUUUCCAAGUAAUAACAACAAAGGUAGUCGUAUAAUGGUAACAACAAGAGAUGUUGGCUUAGCUAAGGAGUGUACCUUGGAAUCUUCUGGAGCAUUUAUCUACCACCAUCAACCCUUAGAAACAAAUGAUGCCAUAAAAUUGCUAUUAAGGAAGGUGAGGAAAAGUGAGGAAGACAUGGAAAAAUAUGAGAACAUGAGGAACAUAGUUACUAAGAUAGUAAAAAAGUCUGGCCGGUUACCUCUAGCUAUACUCACAAUAGGAGGCAUGCUUGCCACCAGAGAGGUUAGUGAGUGGCAAAGUAUUUAUAACCAGAUCCCCUUAGAGCUAGAGAGCAACCGAAGCCUUGAAGCAGUGCGGAGGAUGGUUACAAUGAGUUACAACCACUUGCCCUCCCAUCUUAAGUCAUGUUUUCUGUAUUUAAGCAUAUUUUCAGAGGAUUUUGAAAUCAAAAGGAGGUGUAUUGUGGAAAGAUGGAUAGCCGAGGGGUUUAUCAUUGCCAGGAGUGGGGUGAGUGCUGAGGAUGUUGGGAAUAGUUACUUUAAUGAUCUAAUCAGCCGGAGCUUGAUCCAGCCAUCAAGAGUGAACAUAGAAGGAACUGUGAAGAGGUGUCGAGUUCAUGAUAUUGUUCGUGAUGUCAUGGUCUCAAUUUCUAGAGAUGAAAAUUUUGCAUGUUCUACAUGGGAUAAUGUAACCGGCAUAGCGGGGGGUAACUUUCGUCAUGUAGCAUACCAAGGCAGUUGGAGCCCAAAUAAAGGCUUGGAUUGGAACCAUGUCCGUUCAUUGACUGUGUUUGGUGAGAGACCCAUAAAGCCGGCACCUUCAGUUUGUUCGCCUGACUUUAGGAUGCUUAGAGUCUUGGAUCUACAUGAUGCCCAUUUUGUAAUCAAGCAAAAAGAUAUCAGCACCAUAGGGUUGUUACGUCAUUUGAAAUAUGUCCAUGUUCGUGGAAGUGAAAAUUAUAUUUACAAGCUCCCAAGAACCGUAGGGAAACUACAAGGCUUGCAGACUUUGGACAUGAGAGGUAGUCGAGUUGCAUCACUACCAACUGAGAUCACUAAACUCCAAAGCCUUCGUAGCCUCCGUUGCAGCAACGAUAGUGCAGAUGCUAUUUUAUAUUUAGUUUACCCUAAGGCCCGGUCCCUGUCUAUAUUAUGUAUGCCUGUUCUGUUCACUGCUGCUUUACUUAGUCGGGAUGAGCGUCUAGAAAUUAUGAUGGGCAUUCGCUUGGCCUGGACUGGUCGUUUGGCGAACUCUGAAGGUGUGAGGGUGCCUAAAGGGAUCAGCAACCUAAAGGAGUUAGAGAUACUAGAGAUUGUGGACAUUGAACGGACUAGUAGGAAAGCAGUUAAAGAGCUCGGGGAGCUUAUAAAGCUAAGAAAGUUGAGUGUCGGUGUAGGUGUAAGCAAGCAAAAGAGCAAGAUACUCUCUACAUCCCUUGAGAAGCUCACUUCCCUCCGCUCUCUUUGUCUCCGUGUGGAUGAUGGUACAUCUGGGAGAAGCGGUGCAUCACUCAAGUGGUUGCAGUCUGUUUCCUCCCCUCCCCCUCUCCUGAGGAAGCUGACUUUGGAUGGAGAUCUUGAGGAGAUGCCUAUCUGGUUUGGGGAUCUGGUACAUUUGGUGAGGAUUGACUUAUGGUCGAGCAAUUUGAAGGAUGGAGAUAAAAGCAUGAAACUACUAGCCGCACUGCCCAAGCUCAUGCUCCUUCGUCUUGGUGUGGAUUCUUAUGUUGGGGAGAAACUGGUUUUCAGAUCAGAAACAUUCCCAAGUCUCAGGAGAAUUAAUAUUUGGGGCCUGACGCAAUUGACAGAGUUGACAUUUCAGGUGGGAACCUUGCCCCAGUUGGAAAAGAUAGAAAUCAGAGGAUGCAGGUUGGAAUCAGGGAUUAGUGGUAUCAAACACCUUCAAAGACUGAAGGAGAUCGAUCUGCGAGGUGCUAGAGUUGCCAGGCUUUGUGUGCUGGAAGGUGAAAUCAUUGCACACCCUAGCCAUCCCGUGCUGCGACUUUCUGAGUACCGAAGCUACCAUGACCUGGAUCAGCACAUCGCAGAAGUAUCAGGUGUACAAUUGGAAGCAACGCGGGAGCGAGAGGGAGAGGGCUCACAACAAGAGGCGGCCAUGCCGACGACGAGCGACAGCGAAGAUGACCUGCGCUGAUAAUCUGAUAGUCUCUCGCUCCGGUCGCCGCUUGUAACACCUUGCCUUCAUGAAGUUGAAAUUUGGCAAACCUGGAACAAGGAGCAUGGCACAAUCACGCACAUGAUGCAAUUGAUGCAACUCAUGGUGGCGCAUUACCUGAUUUUCUGCUGAAGGCUGUAUAAUAUCAAGGAGCCAACUAGAGGAAGCCAAUACCCAUGGAAGUACUUACUAGAGUUGGGCACCGGCUAAUGUUCGACAGAUGAUCUCGUCUUUGUUUCAUUCGCUUCUAAGCCCAGAUUGGCUGCAUAUAUGUCCUCCAUUUUUUUUCCUGUUGUCGAGCCCCCUACUUCGCUUAUCCAACGUGAUUGCCACCGCCUUCUGAAACCAUAUAAUGUUUGUCUGUAAGAGGAAGUUAGAAUUUGACAAACCCAGGAUUUUCUGCUGAAGGUUAAUAGCAAGGAGCCAUCUGGAGGAAGCCAAAAUCCAUGAUGCAGUUAAUGCGACUUAUUUAAGGAAUCUUGAUAUUAAGGAGGACCUGGAGCAACUCUGCCAGAUGAGAAUUGACCUGGACUCAUGCCUCUGCAGCUGAAGUAAACAGAACAUUCCAGACAUCCGGUUCUUGAAAAGGACAUUGAAUGUUCUGAAGUAUGGACUGUGAUCACACCGCUGAGGAGAAGACGUGGAAAAUGCGUCCAGCUCUCCAAGUUCUCUGCUGGCUGGUGGCCUCUGACAUGUCUCAGCUGUGAAUGGAAGAAGAAUGCAUUGAUCUUGGGGCUUCGGUGUAAUGGAGGGGACGACUAGCAAGCCGCACUGCUACUCAGAAGGAGUUUACAAGUUGCAACUGUUGGCCUAGAUGAGAAAACGAUUCUUGAGGAACACCAUGGAAUGGAAUGGCCGAUCAACCGGACGAGAACACCUGCAAUUUUGAAUACAGAGUUACUUUGUUUUCUAGUACUUUGUUUUUCCAGAGAUGUUUAGCUCCUCUAUGUUUGUUGCUGCCACUAUGCUUGUGCUUGUUCCUAAUCAUAGAAUAAGUAUUGCAUAUGUUAUCAAAAUUCCGCAAAUGUAAGAACAUGUUCGAAAUCUCUCAACUCUGGAACCGCAGUGAACGCUCCGACUCCACGGGUCGGCAGUGUGGAGCAGAGCAGUCCCGUAAUACAAAGUCAACCUGAUUUUGAAUACAGAA